AUGGAGAACCAAGGAGAAGUUCAAGAGAGGAUGAAAGCCGAUAUUCAACAACUGAAGGGACAAAUGAGCCAAAUUCUAGAAGCUCUGAAUGCAUUACAAAGCCCUGGAGAUUCGUGCGCACUACGACCGCAACAGAGGUUAUCGGAGGUACAAACUUUCCCUCCUUAUGGUCUUCCUCAGAACUACAUUCCACCCUCAGGAAAGGACUUGGGACAUGCUGACACCCAAGAGGUCAAGGAUAACGCAGUUGAAGCAAAAGACAAGCUUGGAGCAAACACUGCCAUAAUUCAUGGGGAAACAACCCAGUCAGGUAUUGCGAGUGUGAUAAUGUCAAAAUCACCCGAGAUGAAAUCUUCACCUUAUGCUGUUACACCAACAGAUUUUGAAAAAUUAGAAAUGCUUGAGAAGAAGUUGAGAGUCAUAGAGGGCAAAGAUGUGUUUGAAUUUGGAGACGCUAGAAAACUAUGCUUAGUUCCAGAUGUGGUGAUACCUCCAAAGUUCAAGUUGCCGGAGUUUGAGAAAUAUCGAGGAAACACUUGCCCAAGGAACCACAUAAUCAUGUACUGCAGAAAAAUGGUAGCCUAUACUCAUGAUGAAAAACUUUUGAUUCACUUCUUCCAAGAAAGCUUAACUGGUGUGACCCUAAGUUGGUACAUGCGUUUAGGACCAACUCACAUCUGCUCAUGGAAAGAUCUGGUUGAUGCAUUCGUAAGGCAGUACGAAUAUAAUAAGGACCUAAGACCUGACAGAUUACAAUUGCAGAAUAUGGUGAAGAAUGAGGCUGAAUCGUUCAGAGAAUAUGCCCAAAG